AUCUCCGCCCCCUUCGCAACAUUUCAAGAUGGCCGUCCGUCUGUGGAAGUAGAGACCGGUUUGUUUUCUUCCUAUUCAGCCCGACUUUCUCCCGCUUUCCCCCACUGUUAGCAGUCACGAUCGGCCAAUCGGUGAGUUUGCAACAUCUAUGGAUGUCAUAGAAUGCCAGGGACAUGAAGAAUCUACCCAGGGGAGACGAUAAGGGUGGUAGUAGGGCGGUGGAAAACGGCGAAGUCCGCUCGGUGCAAAGGCCGUCUGUGGUGGAGACUGGAGGAGAAUUUUCCAUCAUGUCGGCAGAGGAAAUACAGAAGCGGAAGAGCAGUUUAGAGCGGGACCAGGUUGUUUUGGUAGCAGAGAUUGCCAGGAUCGAUGAUUCGGUCGAAAAAGAUAUCAUGAAAGCUUCCAAAGUGCCAAAUUUGGAGGAAAUUUUACGAGAUGAGAAGGUGGAUGAGGAAGCGACGGACGAUACCAAGUGUGGAAAUGGGGGCGGUGAGCGUCACACGAACAGGACAGAUCAAAACAUUGCGGAGAAGAGGUCGUCUGGCUUUGAGGAGAUUGACUUGGAAGGACAGGAAGGCUGCCAAGGCUGUUCACAAGAAUCCAAUAACUCAAAACAAAUUAGACCUCCUGGUGCUAGCCAUGUAAUCACUACAGUUUCUGAACCAAAUUUGGGGGCUGCUGAUUUCAAUGGCAGUCCCGAGGGUCACGCUUCAAGUGCAAGUUUCACGGAUGGGGAGGACACAGAUAUUGAAGAUUUGCAACAAAGCCACGAUUCUUCUCCUGGAAGUAUAACGAACGGCUGCGCACUUGGUAGCGCAAAGAACGGUGUGCAUGGAACUCGGCCACGUAACGACAGCGAAAGUAGCGCCGGAUUUGAAGCGUCGGCAGACGAUGAUUCGCAGGGGUACCCCGCACCUGUGUUGGAGGUCACAUGCGAGGAGGCAUUCACGGGGACCGUUCCUCACGACAGAAGGGUAUCCAGGACUUCACUGGACACAAAGUCGGAGGAUCUCGUGUUAGAGGGCGAUCGUUUGGACCAUGUCGAACCAGAAAUCCGUCGUAAGUCUGCGACCAUCCCCAGGACUAGCACAGACACGUCUUUAGCGCAGAGCGACGCGCAAUCCUUCACUAGUAUAUCCAGUCUCAGCACGGAACUGUCAACGAGUGCGUCGAUUAGCGACACCUCCUGUAGUAGUUCGCUAGUGGUAGACACGGAAGACGCGGGUUUUACCGACAUCAGCUUGCAAGGAAAGACGAUAUUUCACGAGCGGAAGAGCUCGAUCAGCUCCACAGGAAGCAGCUGUUUGGAUGACAGCACGGCAGUGGUGCAAGGAGCCAAACCCAAGAGGCGGGGCUUGGGGAUGUUCCUCUCAAAGAUGUCAGGAGUAAGUCAGCGUCUCCAAGUCCAAAAUCCACGGUCAGAAGAAAAAGUACAGACUUCAUUGUUGGGUCCACGACAGCACUCAUCUUGGAAAACAGACCGACGAAUCUCCCUCCCAAGUCUGCGGAGGAGGAGCAGAAACACAGGGAGCAGUAUGAGGCUAUGGUGGAGGAAGCCAAGAGGAGAGAAAAGAAGGACAUCAAGCAGAAGAUGAUGCAACUGCAGCAGCAGAUCAAGCAUGAGAACACGGUGGCGUCUGCCAUGGAGGUGUGGAACAGCGAGAUCCUCAACAACUGGGACAUGAUGAAACAGUCCAAGAAAGCACAGGAGUUGUGGUGGCAAGGGUUACCUCCCUCAAUACGAGGCAAGGUCUGGAAACUGGCCAUUGGAAAUGACCUCAACAUUACAUAUGAGUUGUAUGAGAUCUUCAGAGCCCGUGCCAAGGACAGAAUCAAGCUGCUGUGUGAGUCAGGACCAGAGUCAGACGAAGAUCCGUCCCCAGCAGACUGGGACAGGGAGUCCAGUGUGGAGCUGAUCAAGCUGGACAUCAGCAGAACCUUCCCUCAUCUCUGUAUCUUCCAGAAGGGUGGACCGUACCACGACAUGCUGCACGGAGUUCUGGGGGCGUACGUGUGUUACCGGCCAGAUGUGGGAUAUGUCCAGGGGAUGUCGUUCCUGGCAGCAGUACUGAUCCUGAACAUGGAGCCAGCUGACGCCUUCGUGUGUUUCGCUAACCUGCUGAACAAACCCUGUCAGCUGGCCUUCUUCAGAGUAGAUAGUGGUCAGAUGAAGAUAUACUUCGACACAUAUGAGGUGUUCUUUGAGGAGAACCUGCCGAAACUGUACGCCCUGUUCCAGAAGUGGAAGGUGACCCCUGACCUCUACCUCAUAGACUGGAUCUUCACACUCUAUAGCAAGUCUCUCCCACUGGACGUGGCCAGUCGAGUGUGGGACGUGUUCUGUAGGGACGGAGAGGAGUUCCUGUUUAGAACAGCAUUAGGCAUUUUGCUUCAUUAUGAGGACAUCCUGGUGAACAUGGACUUCAUCCAGAUAGUGCAGUUCCUCACCAAGUUGCCAGAGGUCAUCUCAGAUGACAAACUGUUCCAGUCCAUUGCUGCCAUCAACAUGCAGGCCAAGAACAAGAAAUUCAAAGAGGUCCUGUCAUCAGUGAAGGAGGGCCUGGCAUCCCAGAAUAGUGACAAAGAAAAGGAAUGAGGUGUCAUGGGAUCACCCUUAGUUACCUGUAUAUAGCCACCCCUAGUUCACAGUGGUAUGACCCAUCGAGAUAAUAUGGCUAGUUUUUCCCUUGGAGACUUCCUUUUUUUAGUAAAGUUGUGACUGGCUUUUGCCAAGUAAGGGUGCUUGUUUUUGCCGCAGCUAAAGGUUUUAGUAGCAACUAAUCUCACAGCUCCCAAUCACAUCUCGCGAAGUGCCACAGACAAAAUUGGUACACCUUUGACCCUUCAUUUGUGAUUUGUUACUACGUAAACGUUCGAUGUGGGAAAAGAAAAAAAAGGAAGGCUGUUCAUUCCUUAACCAGCAAUGCUGCUUUUUUUGCUGUUUAACUUAACAAUAGCUUAAAUCGAUAAAUGACUUGUGGAAAAAAUAGGAAACCAGAAAGGAGUUUGCACCUUUUAAAAGCCAUUCCCAUUGUAAGUGUACAUUGUAUAGUACAUCACUUUAUUCAGUAGUUAACGUAAUGUUUUUGCCAGGUUGAAGAUUCUGGCACUAAAUUCUCUCAUCUUGUAAAGGUUUAUCUAACUUUUUUUUCUCACAGUAAUGUUAAAAUGUUUGAUGAAUAUCAUUUGAAUGCAAAUUAUGAAACUGCCAGUGAUAAUUUUGCAGCAAAGUUUGUUUUUUUCAAGUGUGCAUAUUGUACAUAUAUGUAAGACUGACCCUGUUCAAAACAAGCCUCCUAAUGUAUGUAGAUAUGUAAAUCAGACCUGUUUAUUAUUGCUAAUUAAUGAUGCGAUUUUUGUCAUUCGUGUGUAAAGUAUCAGUCCAACUUUGUGAGCAACUUGUGGAAGACGUUUUAAUCUCGAUUCAAUUUAUAAAGUCAGACUACUUGUAAAUAUGAGGAAAUUUAGGUUAUUCGCCCAGCCAAAUGUAUACAUGUGUAAGCAACAUGACAAUGCAAUUUGUCCCAAUGGAUCGUGAAUACAAGUUCAGGUCAGUGAUAUAUAUUGAAGUUCUUAGAAAAUUGUAUACCCUUUGGCAUGAUGUGAGUUUUUUGCUGUGUAACAAUAGUGUAUGUUGCACAGUUCUUAGAGAAGAGAAAGAAUACUCAUGCAAACUUGCCCAGAGUUUUGGUUGCUUCUUGCCUUGAAUUUGGCCAGCACUGAUGACAAUGCCCUGAAAAUUGACUAGCUUCUGGUAUGACUCGUCUGGCUUGUGCGUCUUCAUCCCGUAAGCAAUUUUAGUUUGAUCGUCACAGUUGCUUGCUUGAAAAGUUGUCAAACAAAUUGAUUAGAUUUUUAUGUAUCUGUCAUAUUUUAAGCCAGGCUUCUUCUAAAAAAUGUACAUAAGUGACCAGUACAUGUGCAGCCAUGUAUGCAAUGACCAGUUUAGAUUAAUUCCAGUGGAUUCCCUGCUGCUUUGUUUUGAAAACUGCGGCACAUUAUGUUUAUUGGCAAAUUGUUUGUAAGACGUUUUGCACAACUCUCAUGUGUUGUUUUCAUUCAAAUAUAGUAUACAACAACUGACAGCUCUAAACUUACUGAAUUUGAUUAGACUUAAUUGCUUGGAACCAACUGUAAACUCUGUAACAUUUCUACAUACACCUCUUUUCACUUAUUUACAGAUCCCUGUUCUUUUCUUUGAUGCAAAUUAUGGUUGUUUUUAGUGUUAUCGUUUUUUGUUAACUCUCAAUUUUAUUUCAAGUUGUACUCAGUGCUACUUUCUGAUGUUGCUAGAUAGUCAAAUUGUACAAGUAAAGAAAAGGUAACAUGUAUUAACACCCCACAGAAAAUUCAGAAAAUGAUAUUUUGUUGUCUCCACACAAAGUUGUGUAAUUAAUUAAUAGAUAAAGCCAGAGGCAGAAACUUCAGUGGUUGCAUUAGAUACUGUGUCCAAAGUAACUCCACUGUAUCAUGACUGUAUGCAUGUAUGAUAUAUGCAAAGUAAAACCGAGCAAGUUUUUAUAUUCCUUUUUCUACAUACAGACAUCUAUGGCAACCCCAGUCUUGACAGGACUUGGAUAUUUCUGUACCAAAAUCUGAUGUUUUGUAUUAGGAUCAUAUUUUUAUAGGAGCAGUGUUUUCUCAAUGUUUGAACAUGUCUUACAACGCUAUGAAAGAGAUGGAAUAUCUUCAUACAGCCUCUCCAGGACUGCCGACUGGCCUCUAAAUUCAUAUAUUUCCCCAUCUACUGAAUGGUGCUGAAAAAAAUGCCAGCGGAAAAGAAAUUUUAUGAUCUUUCAUGUUGACUGAUUUUGGUAUGGUGUAGAAAACUGGACAGUUCAAUCACUGCCCAGGUGUCAGUUUCACCCAAUCACAGCCCAGUAGUAUUCACAUGUCGGUUUCAACCAAUAACAGACCAGUUUUCAGAGGCCAAUCAACAAAAACUCAAGUGUCAGUUCCAACCAAUCACGGCCCAAGUUUCAGACAUCAGUUCCAAACAGUGUCCAAUCAAAUGUUUCAGCCAGGCAGUCAUCAAUGUUUGGUUUUCCAUCACAAAGUCAUGAGUUGUGAACAGAUAAAACUGAGUUAUUUCUGCAGUUGUAAAAAAAAAGUCCCAGAAAACUUGAAAAGGAGAUAAUGACAUUUUGUGGUCUUUGACAACAUAAUCAAGUAUAUCUAUAUACAAUUGGCUUGGAGGUCCCCUAUAUAUAGAUUCAAUACAUGGAUGAUUAUAAAAUUGUCAGUCGACUUGUCAAAUCCCUCAUUUUAAUGAUAUUUUCUACGAAAUGUGAAUGUCUUACUAAACCCCAUCUUACUCCAGAUCCCCCCACCCCUUCCGAUAAACAAGCCCCCUUCAGGGCUAAGAAAAAGCUUCUCAAUUCUUUGUUAUCUUCUGUGGCAAAAAAUGUGAUGUAUGCCGUACCCUUUAUAUUGAUGAUUGCUGUCAUGCAAAAUAAAUAUAAGCUACAUGUAUGUGAUUAAUACUUAAGAAAGUUACUAUAAAAGGAAAAAAGCUGAAAUUUUGUAGCCUUUCUUUAGUCUGAUGCUAUUUGUAGGCAACUUGACUUGUUCAUUUCUGGACUUUUGUCCAAAUGGGGUUUAUGAGAAGAGAGAUAUAACAACUACUUAUACUUUCUUCAUUGCACAACUUUCAUACUUUCAUUCACAUUUAUCGCUGUAAGCAAGAAAGAACUGCACCAAUCACUUGUACUGAAACCAUCCUAUUUUUGUGCUACAUCCAGAAAGAAAUUUGGUGUACAAAAUGUGAUCUGUUUUGUCCUGUGUUAUUUUCUGGUUGUAGAAUACAUAUGACAAUGAAAAUGUACAGAAAUGACUUUUGCACAUUGGUGAUGCUUGUAACUGAACUUACCAUAUAGGAAGUUGGUAAAAGUGUUUAGUGCAGUUUUUGUUUUGCAUCUAGAGAGUUAGCAACAUUAAGAUUGCAAUAUGGCUCGUCACCCAUUGUCUUGGAUGUUGUGCAAUUCAUAUGAUGAUUGUUGUCAAACUUGAUUGUUAUGAAAUUACUUUUUUCUUUGCCUUGACCCCCAGCAUCAUGAGUUCAUGUGAUGAAAUUUAUGCCAAAUGUACAAAGGAGUCCCUGAUAUAUUACGAAUGUGACUAAUGAUAUAAAUCCCAGAUUCUAUAUG